CAGUCAUUCCAACUGGAAAGACGACUAAGCGCCGCAACUUCUCAACAGCAGCGUUUGAGCAACUUUUCUUCAAUCAAGCAAUCCUUUUAGAAUAAUCCAAGUACAAAGUUGAAUACAAUCUUGUUGGGAUGGCAACUAUGAGGCGAAUUGUUCUUGGGCUGGUAGUAGUGUUGGGAUUCGUGAUGGUCCUAUCGCAGGCCUAUAGUAUCAGCAGCCGAGGUGACGUGAACGAGAUGACGACUGGUGAUCAGACUACCAAUAACGAGAUGGAAAUGCUGGAUAUGAUGACGGCAGAAGAGGAGACAGAAGUAGACGAGAUGUUUCCUGAUCCGAUGAAAGACGAUCUCAAACUUGAACUCAUCCUGAAAGCGCUUCUCAUCCUCAAGACUUACGAAGGCCACUCCGUGUCGCUGACUAGCUGGUUCCCAUCCUAUGACAUCAUGCCCGAGGAACUCAAACUCAAACUAAUCCUGAAGGCAAUCAUACUUCUCAAGAACAGACCCAUCGAUUCUCUCUUUGCCGGACACGUCGUUGUCGAACUCAAACUUACUCUCAUCCUAAAGGCAAUUCUAAUUCUUGAGGAAAACCAAGGUGAUAACUUUAGCCUUUCAAUCGAUAUUGAAGAUCUCAAACUGGCUCUCAUCUUGAAGGCGAUCGACGUUCUUGAGAUCUAUAAUGGUGACUACAAGGAUACUGUGUUUUUCACCGAGUCCAAGGAAGACCUCAAACUUGCACUGAUCCUGAAAGCAAUCACACUGCUCAAGCAGGGGAACUGGCCCAUCGACGUCGACGACCUCUGGCCAAUGGGAGAAGAGGAUGAGGACCAGGGGUCAGAGGACAGCCAAUCAGAGGCCCCCACUCUUGAAACAACGACCGAGGGUGCGGAAACCACUGAGGAGGCUUCGACAUCCCGCCCGUUAACGACGGUCGCAGACCGUGGGGUUGACGAGUCUACUAAAAAACCCUGGCUGAAGAAAGGAAUCAGCAAAGUCUUCAAGUGGUUCAAGUGGAUCCCAAAAGUCAUCCACAAGAAGAAACAUCUUAUUUUCCACUAAGACUGUGGAACUGUGUGACUGUAAUGCAUCAUAACUUGCCAGCAUGAAUUUUUAGUUCUAGACUUGUAGUUUCGUUUUGUAGUUUUGUAUUUAUCAAGCUAUCUAACCUACUAACAGACUGUGACCUCGCCGUGCAUAUCUCUUUGAACAUUGGUUUUAGUGCGAAAAAUAAUAAUAAAACAGAUGGAAUGACACGUUCGAAUACAUAUUCACCUAUGGCCCCCUUUAAUGGUGGGAAGCACUGUGUACGGUAUUAUACGAAGCGACUGUCGGGAAAUAAUAACUCAACACGACAGUCGUCACAAAACUCAUGGCCAUUGGUGGGGGCCACUGCCAGUUACCCGUGACAGUGUUACUACGUGGUCAUCAGAUUCAUCUAUAGCUUUGUGUGCUUAUGCAUCGUUAUGGUAGUUAAUUAUUUUAUAUUACUGGUAGAACCAGUUCAUGACAAGCGAAGCAUUGCACAAGUAACGUCCCUCAGUCGAAUGACCAACUAACACUGGUCCACUUCCCAGCUUGUCUUUGUCAGGAUGGUAUGAUGGCCAACGAAGUCUGUUUGAAUGGCACCACAUUUGGGGGAUUAAAAUAUUUCGCAGUUACUGGGUUUCCACUGAAUAUUUACCGAUGUAUAGAACGUUUUUGUUUUAUUUGGUUCAUUUUAAUAAAAUAAAUAGUAAUGGCAAACUAAA